AUGCUCAGUCUACAAGGAAAAGUGGUUCUCAUCACCGGCCUCGGCCAAACCACCGAUGAAGGCUGGGGCAUCGGCGCAGCGAUAGCAACGCUCUUCGCCCGCCAAGGCGCCUCCAUUUUCGGCGGAAACCGGUCCCUCUCAUCCGCCAAUCGAACCAAAAAGCGCAUCGAAGAAGAAGGCGGAAUCUGCGACGUGGUCGAGACGGACGUCACCAGUUCCCCUUCCGUCAAAGCGCUAGUGGACCAAUGUAUGCAGAAACACGGCCGGAUAGACAUUCUCGUGAGCAACGUGGGCCGCAGCGAGCCGGGGUGUCCAGCAUCCAUGUCGGAAGAAGUAUGGCAUUCACAGGUCGACAUUAAUCUGAAUAGCCUCUACCUCGUUACCCACCACGUCCUGCCAAUCAUGGAGCAACAAGGAUGGGGCAGCGUGGUCAGUAUUGCUAGUAUUGCGGGACUCCGAUAUAUUGGUAAACCGCAGGUGGCAUAUUCGGCUACUAAAGCGGCCAUGAUGCAAUUCACCACGGCGACAGCGGUCAUUUAUGCGGAGAAAGGUGUUCGCCUUAAUACUGUGGUACCCGGGUUGAUUUAUACGCCAUAUACACAGGCUCUGGCUCAGCGGUAUGCGCCUGGGGGUGAUGAGGCGGCUUACAUGAGGAAACGGGAUGAGCAAGUGCCCAUGGGAAGAAUGGGGGAUGCAUGGGAUGUUGCGCGGGCGGCACUUUUCCUGGCGUCGGAUGAGGCGGGAUACAUUACGGGGCAGUCGUUAGUGGUGGAUGGGGGGAUUACUUCAUCUACUGGGCGGGUGUAG